AUGCAGACCGAGCAAGAAAAGAAGCUGGAAAUCGACCAGGCGCUGCCUGAUCGGUUUAGUUUCUUUUCGUCAAAAACACGACAAGAGACUGCCUCGUCUACGUGGGAUGGCCUUUUCCCCAGCGGAAACAUCGACCACAUCUUCCAGGAGAAGCAUAAAAGUCGUCCAGAUCCCAAUCAGCCAAUUUGGUGGAUUGACAUCUGCGACGCCACUGAACAAGAUGUCGAUGCCGUCUCGCAAGCCUUGUCUAUCCAUCCCCUAACGGCGGAGGAUAUUGCCAUUCGUGAGCCUCGAGAGAAAGUCGAUGUCUACAAGAACUAUUACCUGAUCUCGUUCCAGACCCUUGUGGCCGACAAACUCAAGAAUGAGCGACCGGGAAUCCCCAUCUCGGCUGCAUUAUACAUUCUUGUCUUUCAAUAUGGCGUGGUCACCUUCUCACCUAGUGGUUGCGGGCAUGUGGCUCGGGCGCGAGAGCGGAUCCGCAAAAUGCAUGAUCCCACUAUAUUGACUAGUGACUGGGUCUGCUAUGCAAUGAUAGACGAUAUCAUCGACAGCUUCGAGCCAUUUGUCCGGGAUGCGGAGCGCGAGUCCGAAGCAAUCGAGGAUCAGGUGUUCAUCAGUCGUAUCGACGACGCACAUGCUCUUAUUCCGCAGGUCGACGUCCUCCGGAAGAAGAUCACUCACAUUAUCCGCUGCCUUAACGGCAAGGUCGAUGUGUUGAACGGAUUCGUGAAGCGCUGCCAAUCCCCCGAUAAGCACCCUGUCUUCCCUGAUGGUGAUCUACUUCUAUAUCUUGGCGAUGUUCAGGAUCAUUUGGUCACAACCUUGUCGACACUUGGCCACAUCGACGAGAUUAUUGGUCGCUCUCACGCGAAUUAUUUAGCCCAGAUGAGCGCUACAAAUCUCCGACUGAGUUUGACUAUUAACUCUGGUUUGAGUAAGGUUACUCUCCUGGCUACGAUCUUCGUGCCGUGCCACCUGGUGACGGGCUUGUGGGGAAUGAACGUUCCUGUCCCGGGCGAGAAAGACAAUGGGCUGACGUGGUUUUUUGGCAUUGUCGGUGGUUUUGCAGCAUUCAUGGUGAUUUGCAUCGCCGCGGCUACGAAGUACAAACUCUUGUAG